UGUUUGGAUGUGUCCGCAAAUGCAGUGCUGGAACUAGUGGAAAGUCCUCAAAUCAUGGAGAGGAACUGUUCAUUAGCCAAGAAAAAGUAGAUGCAUUUCUAGCUAAUUACAGCAAAAGACCAAGCAGCAAGUCAAUGAAAAGGUAGAAAGGAAGUUGAAGAUUAAGAGUUAAAUGUUUUCUGUUGUAGGAGCAGUGUAAUCAGUUUCAAGCUGGUUCCAAUCUCCGUUCCAAAAACAAAUCCACAAAGCUCGAUGAGACAGCCCUCUUUGGUGGAGGCUGCAAGCACGAAGUGCCACUGAAGUUUUUCAGCUUAAAGAGAGGAGAAGAGAUUGGAAAUGCUGUGUAUUUGCUAAAAUGGAUUAAAAAUCAUGUGCAAGAUUAAGCUAUCAACAUUCGCUUCUUCUAUGAUAUUGCAUGUGUGCUGGAUACACAUUUGAGAAAUACGCACCAGGAAACAUUGCUUGAAAAUGUUACUUUUGCGAUACCUGCAUUUCACUGCUAUGGACACAAAGUUUCUUGUCAGGUCAACUACAGUGGAAGACGGCUGGAAGGGUUCGGGAUGAGUGAUGGCGAGGUGAUGGAGAGACUGUGGUCUUACUUGAGGCCAACAGCAAAAAUAACGAAGGAAAUGACUCCAGCCCACCGAGUUGAUACAUUAACUGACUUCUUGAUGCAUUACGCUAAAAAGUCAAUUUUGAACCUUGGAGAACGACUUCGUGACCAUUUAAAGAAAGCAGUGGAAACGGAGAAAGAAACUGAAGAGCAACUCAAUUUGCUUCUUGAGAAGUUGAAUGAGACAGGUAUUAAGGUGGACGUAUCCAGCGUCUCAGAGUGGAGCAUUAUGGAGAAAUCUACGGCUAACAAAGCGGCCAGUACAGGAAGACCCAGUUCAUCACCAGAUGAUUACCCGGACAAGUUGAGGCAGUUUUUCUGUGUAAGAACAAACCUGCAAAAAUGUUCCCCGGCAUCUGAAACUUGGAAAGUACUGACCGAUCAGCUUGACAGGUUGGAUCAACAGCUAAAGAACCUUGAGGGCGGCCAACCCCGAUGGUCUCCUGACAGUAGCAUGUAUAUUGCAUACCUCCGCGAUUUGCAAGACAAGCGUCGAGAAGACUUGCUAUUAUCCAUGCAUGUCAAGUGCUCAGAAAGGUGGUUUCUCUUACAACUGAUGAAGAAAUAUGCAGAUGGACAAGCCAUUGCAAAACGGCUUUGUACGCAAAUUACAAAGGCAACGGGAGCUAUUAAACAGCUGGUCAAGGAGUACACAAGACAAAACGUUGACACGGUGGGUUGUAAAUACCCCUCCACAAUUGCGGUUGAAGACGCGCUAAGCAUCGACAGUCCACUGUGGCGUGUACUAAACGAUGACAUCCAACCUCAGUCUGCUGUUCCCUAUUGUUUAAAGAGGCAACUCAUUGAUUUGUUUCACACACGCAAAAGAUGCUUAGAGGAAAUAGCCAACACCAGAAGAAGAAAUGGCUCGGAUGUUCAGUCAUUUCGAGGGAAAGUUGAAGGUAUUGGACACUUGGUCAAAGGAACUGAUGGCACAGAAAGAUACGGAGCGAGCUCGCGCAUUACUCUCCAUUGCCCGCACUAAAAUGGAUGAGCUUUCCGUAUUCACAGGUCAUCUCCACGGUCUCUUUUCUAAUGAUGAUGGUAGCCAUGAGGAAUGUGAAGCUCAGUUUGACCUUGGAAUUUUCCCCGAAGUGGAUUGUGAUGAUGCCGAUGAGGAGGUUCAGAUGGAGGACGAUUACAACACUGAUGAAGCUGACGUGGUUCAACAGCUUGGCCAAAGUGAAGUCUUUGAGGACCUGCGUUCCGUUCUCAAUGCUGAAUACGGAAGUGACAGUGAAUCUGAUUCAGAUAGUUCAGAUUUAAACACAGAAAUAUCUUGAUUGUAACUUGUGAGUCGUUUCAACUGCCUGUUCCUUUUCCUCUUUCACUCAAGAAUGUAAAUCUACGAACAAGUGUUACCAAUCAGCUAAAAAAAAUUAAGCUGUGUCAACUAGUCAGUCACUAUACACGACAAAUAACAGCUCUCCUCCACGAAUUAAUUCAAUCUUGUUUUAUCGACUUUGGCUCCUUGACGCAUCCUUACCUGGUCAUUUUGUUGUGACGUUGGA